GCGCUGGAGUGGGAGUAGUCUGUCGUACGAGGAGUCCGUGGCGGGACACACCAUACGGCAGACGGAGUAGAGAAGGUCUCGUGGACGGAUGUUGUGUGUUGUGUAAGUGCUGAAAUUUCGUCUUUGUAAUCGUAGUGUCUCUGAGGCGAUUGGUGGACCGAAUGAAGAUGUUUAUCCUACAAAAUUGUUGGUGUUGACACAGUGAGUGAGCGUCAGUUGUCGACAGUGUCCGACUGUUGGGUUAAAUUUGCCUAGUAAACAGCAAAGCGAGGUGUUGCAUUAGUUGGGUGCGCGGAAGGUAAGAUAGCAGCUAUCGGAAGCCCUGGCAGAUUUAAGCGUCACCAUCAUGGGCAAUAAUGCCGCAACGGCCAACAAGAAAGUUGACGCAGCCGAGAGUGUCAAGGAAUUUUUGGAUCAAGCCAAAGAAGAUUUCGAGGAGAAGUGGAAAAAGAAUCCAACGAACACUGCAAGCUUAGACGACUUCGAACGAAUAAAGACACUUGGAACGGGCUCCUUCGGCAGAGUUAUGAUAGUUCAACAUAAGCCGACGAAAGAAUACUUCGCAAUGAAAAUCCUGGAUAAGCAGAAGGUUGUCAAACUGAAGCAAGUGGAGCACACGUUGAACGAGAAGAGGAUUUUACAAGCCAUCAGUUUUCCAUUUUUGGUGAGUCUCAAGUAUCAUUUUAAGGACAAUUCCAACUUGUAUAUGGUGCUGGAGUACGUGCCGGGUGGUGAGAUGUUUUCACACCUUCGUAAGGUCGGCCGCUUUAGCGAACCACAUUCACGAUUCUAUGCAGCUCAGAUUGUACUUGCAUUUGAGUACCUACACUAUUUGGAUCUGAUUUAUCGUGAUUUGAAGCCAGAAAACUUGCUAAUUGAUUCUCAGGGUUAUCUGAAGGUAACUGAUUUUGGAUUUGCUAAGAGAGUGAAAGGCCGUACCUGGACCCUGUGUGGUACUCCAGAGUAUUUAGCACCAGAAAUUAUUCUUAGCAAAGGUUACAAUAAGGCUGUAGAUUGGUGGGCUCUAGGGGUACUUGUUUAUGAAAUGGCAGCAGGUUACCCACCAUUUUUUGCAGAUCAGCCAAUCCAGAUUUAUGAGAAAAUUGUGUCUGGGAAAGUAAGGUUUCCUUCACAUUUUGGCUCUGAUUUAAAAGAUCUGCUUAGAAAUCUUCUGCAAGUUGAUCUAACAAAGAGAUAUGGAAACCUAAAGAAUGGUGUCAACGAUAUUAAGGGUCAUAAGUGGUUUGCAUCAACAGAUUGGAUAGCAGUGUUCCAGAAGAAGAUUGAGGCACCAUUUAUCCCACGCUGCAAGGGACCAGGAGAUACAAGUAAUUUUGACGAUUAUGAGGAAGAAGCACUAAGAAUCUCUUCCACCGAGAAGUGUGCCAAAGAAUUUGCAGAGUUUUGAAUAAUCCUCUGUAGUUAAUGGGCCCUGUUAUUGAGAACUUGGUGUCACAGGAAAAGGUACAAGUCUGUUUUCACCUCUUCAUUUAGUAAGCCUGAGACAUGCUCAUGCGUUGUUAAAUUAGCAGUGUGGGAUCUGAUAUAUACCAGUUAGCAUACAGUCAGAUGUAUUUUAGAUGCUAAAGUAAUGAGUUUAUAUAGUACUACUCUUAUCCUGUAGUAAUUCGAGCCGGUUCAUCUAAGAGAAUGCAUGUGAUUGUGUUUUUUAUGAAGUGUGCCCUGGGUAGUAGAUCGUGUGUAUAAUUAGAUCUUAAAAUGACAUGUGAAAGCAGACUUUCAGAAAGUUCUCUUUUGUUUUAUUUUGAGGAGUUUGCACCAGAAUUCGGAAUGCAGUAUCGAAAAUUGCCAUGCUUCUGUAAUUUGUGUGCAAUGUACAAAUAUAAUUUCAGAAUAACAGCACCAGAAGUAAUUAUGCUGUGUAAAAGAGUAAGCAAUGAACGUGCCCCAGUUUCAAUGGCAUGUCUGUUAAAUCAUUCAGUGUUGUACUUUCUUAGUGAUAAAAUUUAAUUUUUGUGUGGUUUACUUCUGAAUCGAUUUAUAGGAAUAACAGUUUGUGGAAUGGUUCAGAGUUGUUUAGUAGUUACUUCAUGUGGACGAGAAUGUGUGAAAGUUAACACUGUUGACAGUUCAGGAGCAUUACAUAAUCUGACAGUUGGCCUGGCUUGUCAGUGAUGUAUAACAAUUUGCAGCCCAUUGUAAUGUCACAUCACUCCUAAAAUUUCUUGUCAUAAAUGCAAGAGAUGUUAUUAGCAAGAGAAACAUUAAUUUUUGUUACAUAUGCAGGUGUUAGUAGAAAACAUUUGUUUGCAUUAAAACAGAGGUGAUGAAGGGACUGUUGGUGUCUGCACGUAACAUAGAGGAAAACUGGUGCCAUAACUUGAACUCCAGUGCAAUAAUUUGUUAAUAGUAUAUUUAUUUAUUUUUAAUUACUGCUGCAUAGAGCUUGUGUGUUCUCCAUUUCUUGUAGAAGCUAAAGUAGUGUUUAGCUGUUUGAGGAAUUGUCCUUCUUCUACAUGGGGUAAUGCCACAAGUACAAAUAUGAAUUAUUUAUUUAUAAAUUUUGAGGAGGGUGGAAUCAUCAUAAAUAUAUUUUUAAAUCUAAUGUUACAAGCAAUUUUGUUCCUUCUUUUUCACUUGUCAUUUGUGGCAUGUGAACUGAAAACGCUUGUCAGUCUGAAUGGCUGUAGUCAGUAGUAUGGAUUUCGUGUCUUCUUUGGAUGUUGCUUCAGUUUUGCAGUCACUUGAGAAGUGUAUAGCUUUAUGUAGCAGUACUACUACUGUGGCCCCAUUUUCUUCUUCUGAUCAUUUAUUGGAAGUGUAAGGAACUGUGAAGGUUCAUUUGCUAGUGUUCCAAUUGAAGAACAUGUUGUUAAAUGAUGGUUAACUAGAUUAGGUAACCAGCCAUCUUUCCUAAUUGUUUUCCAUAAGGCAUUGUUGUCUUUGCAGAUUGACUGGAUUAAACAGAUUUUCAUAACAUUAGGGUGAAUCUAAUAGUUUAGUUUUAGACUGUUAGUGUAACAUUUUCAAAGUAUUGUAUGGGAGGUUUUAUAUAAGAAAUUUAUCGUUUACUGAUGUCAGAAUACAAAAGCCUUUAAAGUUUGAUGCUUUAACUUCUCAUAAUGUAGUGUAACAGGCACUUAUUUACAUAUCAAGAAGUUCAUUAGUAUAAAUGUUAGUUCACAUUGAGAUAAAAAUGGCAGCUUGUAUUUUAAUUUUUAUUCGAAGCAGGUUUCUGCAUAUGGAACAAAGCUUGACUUUUGAAGUAUUGUUUUAGUGAGUAUUAGUAAAUUAACAAAUGGACUAUAUAACUGGACAAUUUGAGACACUUGCUUGAUUUAGUCUUUAUCAGUACUUCUCAAUGGCUCCAGAGCAAUCUGAAUUGCAUGUGGAUUUUUAGUUCAUUUUUUCCAGCUUCAAUAUACUGUAUGGUUCUAACUAUUGGAUGAGAGAUAUCUGUGAUUAAUUUUUUUCUUUUUUCAAAAUCUCUUGGCUGCUGAAAGAAGAAAACUGUUUUGUUGUUGCCACGUUUCCAUAUUUUAUUUGAAAUACAAAAUGAGCUAUAUGGUUUAUAUAAAAUAUGAAUCUCAAGAUAAGGAAAAAUAAAUGUUAUUUUGGGAAACUACAGUUAUAAUACAUUAGUGGAUUUUGCAUUUUGAUGUGUUGAAAUGUACGAAAUCACUACUGCCCAGUAUGGAUUUUACGGAAGGCUGAUACUGUUUAAAUCCAUAAAGUACGGUCUGUUUUUUGUCCACACAGUGUUUUAGAUCAGAUGGAAAGGGGAUGUUUGCUACUAAAGAUUCUCUUAGUGUUCAUACUGAUCUAACACUGUUCUGUAAUGUGUGGGUCUACAGGAAGAAGUAGAAUGGCUGAUACGUUGACAGUGAAAUUAUAGUGGCUCAGCUACAUCACUGUCAAAUAGUUGCAGAUUCAUAAUUUCAUUUUUGUGUUUCAUUAAUGUAUUAUUUUUGUUUCGUAGCUCUAAUGACAAAAAUGUGUGAACUGUUAAUGCGGGUAGCAGUCUGACUGCAGAUUAAUGGAAAUUUGAUGACUCUUCAUAUUUGCAAGAACUGUCGUUGUUAUGAAUAUUAGGAGGUUUUUCUUCCCCUGCCACUGUUCAAUGUAUAAAGAGUUAAUGAGACACAAAUGCUUCUCAUAAAUGCUGUAAUUGUUAAAUUUUCAGAAUAUUCAUUUCACUGCCAGUGCAUUACGAAAGCAAUUUAUUGCUAUUGUUGUUGGAAGGGGAGCAUAAAAUUGUUAAAAUAAUUCAAAACUUUGAAUGGUUGUUGCAGUAUUAAGAUGAUUUGUGACCCAUUUAAACACCAUUAAUGAUUAUAUUCAUAGGCUCAUGUUUGAUACAGAGUCUGCACAUGACACCAGAAUAUGAUGUUGUAUUUGUACAAAUGUUUUAUAGCAUUAAAUUAAAAACACCUCAGAAUACCUUAUUUUAUGAAAUGCCUUUUGUAGAAUAAUGUUCUGAUCCUUAACAGUUUUUAAAAUAAAAAAAAUUGUCAGAUGCUUUUGUCCCUGUAAGUGUUUUUGCUGUGUGUUGUGAUAUUUUGUCAUUUGCCUCAUAAUAAUGUUAUGUUCAUUAAUUUUUGUUGAAGACUUGUUAUAGUUGAUACUAAAAGAUUCAGUAAUAAUGAUACACAUAACAAAAACUCUGUUUCUUGUCAAAUGCCUUCCUAAAUUCCUGUAUCUUGUGAAUGUAUUUAAUGAAUAUGAACAUUCACAUUUCAUGAAUUAAGUACCAUGAUAUAAAGCCUGACAGAAUCAUGUAAAUAAUGCAAUAAUGAAGGAAAUGUAUCACAAAUAGCUUCAGAUCUUAAUAUUUGAAGGGAAAUCCUACUGGUCAACUGCUUACUUUAUCAGAAUCUUAAACAGUGCAAACCUGUUUGCUUUGAUGUUUGUGAAGAGUGGAAUACUAUGAAGCAAUACACUGUAAACUGAUACUUACCAAAUACUAGCUGCUUUCAGUGUUUGUUUACUCUGUGGUAAUUGUUUAAUCAAGUACCUUCAUUAAACUGACUUUCUAUAUGUAGUUACAAUGAUUUAAAAGUUUAUUCUGUUUGACUGAAGGUAAUGCCAGGUUUGGACAUGGUGCUGAGAACUAGUUGGUUUUCUUUAAAAUCAGGUAGAGGCUGAUUGAAUCCCAAUCUUGCCAUACUGAUCCAGUUUUAAUGUGGUUCCCAGUGAUCAUCCAGUGAAAUUAACCUGUCCUGCCAACCAUAUGGUGGCAGAGCAAUUUUGAUCGACUCCAGGCAAUAGCUUUGUGACCUUGUUGAAAGAGGUAUCCAGGAAAUGAUGUGUAAGCUGGCAACAGAAUGGCAAGACUAAUAAAAAAAAGUGCUUUGAUAACAA